AUGGUCAAUAUCCGGCAAAGCUGGCUGUCCAGUCUGGCCCUGGCCCUUUUUGCUCAGCAAGGCCUGUCCUUGGUUUUUGAGGACUCAGACGCCCCUGAUGCCGUCGAUAAUCUUCUCCAAGCAGGAGCGCAGUCAAACGACGACGCUGCUUUCUCGAUUUUCGAUCGGCUGAGCAGAGACUCCUACUACUGGAGCGGCUCCCAGAAUGGCCACAAAGCACUAGCAAACCUCACCGUCGACGUCGGCGACGAGGAAGCGAAUAUCGUCUCGAUGGAGAAAUUCCGACACCUUCUCGAGUCCGUCGACUGUACCGACAACGGAAUGGUCGUGGAGUUCAAAGACGAGCGUUCGUUCGGAUACACACAGCGUGGAUGGCAAUGGGUCAACGACGACGAGGACCGGAACCUGAUAUUGGUCACCGGUAAACAGCACUGUGGCUGGAACCCUCACCGGGUGCCGUUUGUUGUCUCGUCGAUUGUGUUCGACAAGCCAUCCCUCAAGGCGAGGCUCAGCGGCGUACCAUCGUCAUGGAAGAAGCUCUUUCGCAACUACGAGCUCACGCUGGGAAAUGUCGAGGAAUCGUCUGUGGCCAAGCGAGACUGGGACUCUGAUGCUUCUUUGAGCUUCAACCACAAGAUCCCCCUCUCGAAGUCGAUUCCGAUUCCGGGCAGUAGUCUGUCUGUGGAUGUCUCAUGUGAGGACUGUAAAACAGAGGGCUCCUUCGAUUUCGGUGUGCAUAUCAAGACUAGCUAUGGCGCCCCCGAGUCUGCUUCAUUGACGCUCUCGCCAAACGGUGUCUCUGCAAGCUUCACGCCCCGGCUUGGACUCAGCGGGAACAUGACAGACGAUAUAUCCGAUGAGAUCGAGCUUGUCAAGAUCCCCGUCGACGGCAUAUCUAUUCCAGGUGGCAUUCUUGACCUUGGUCCGGAAAUCGUGUUUAGCUUUGGAUAUCAAAUUGGCCCUGUCAAGGGCUCGGCGGGUAUAACCUCCGGCGUGACUCUCAGCCUUGAAGACUCCGCCGAGCUUGAAAUCAACUUCCUCGAUCCGGACAUUUCCGCUGGUGGGUGGACUCCUCAGGUCGACACUGUCCCAGUGAAGCUCGACGCGAAGAUCGAGGCAGGGGCGGAGAUUUACACCAAGGCUGAGGUGCAAUUUGCUGCGUCAAUCCUUGACUACGGCUAUGAAGCUGGUGUCAACCUAAAGCCGUAUCUCGGGGCCACUAUAUCAGCUUCUACUGACAAAGGGGUCGGAGUCGAUGUGGAUAUCGCAGGUCUGGGAGCUAAUAUCGAGGCUGGUGGUGCCAAAGCCUGCGUGACCCCGAGAGCUGGAGUCAGUCUCAACGUCGACGUUGCGAAGGCCGAUACCCCCGAGGACCCCCUGGUCGAGAAGACAGUUGCGGAAAUCACAGCACCAAUUGAAUCCCAAUGCUUCAAUUUCGGCCCUACCGGCUCUCGGUUCUUCCUCCUCAGUCGCACAUACGCCCUCUCCUUCAAGUACACCGUAUACCUCGCCGCGUCCUCCAACAAGCUCAUCGUACUACUCACACUACACGACGACCUCGUCAUAUUACACGUCGACCUCAUACUCGACAUCGGUAUCAUCAUCUGCUACGGUAAGCCCGUAUCACCACUAUCGCAGACAUAA